GCCAGAUUUGUGAAUGGGUUGAAAGGUCUCCACCGUCGGUGUCCAGACCGUUUGAUUGAGUUACUGCUUUACUCCAAUUUUCAAACUUCUCAAAUGUAUAUUUCACCAACUCUGAAACGACUCGGCCCGUCGCGAAGUUCUAAAACAUCUAUUACAACUGCCGGUCCAACCGGCACAUACCGAUUCGACACUAUGAUGAUCAAACAACGAUUCUUUCUCUCAUUCGUAUAACUGUUCAAUCAUUGUUGCUCACGACAUGUGGUGGCGCGGUCUCGCAACCUUGUCUCAAUUAAUAGCCCUGUUGAUCGGUGGCUCACUUGUGUUUCUUGGCACGCAACCGUCACCCUUAGCCUCGGAAACAUGUUCAGGGGUUCGUGAUUUUGUCCGUGCUGACCUGCAGAACUUUGGGCCCCUAUCAUAUCUCAGCAAAAGAGAGGCUUUUAGGCAGAUACAACUAAGACUUGGGUAUCGACGAAUGGGGAUUGUUCCUGGGCGACUGUAGAAUGCCGAAGUGCAAUAUCCGCUAGCAAAGGUCUAGAGGUGUAGCGCACGAAUGAACCUCAGUUUUGGACUAGAGUGUUGCCAUUUCUUAAAUAUAAGGAGAUUCAAGAUACGACUUUGGGGACGAGACCGUCUUUGACACUCAUGACUAUUGUCAUCAUGUGAGUUGAUCGGAAGUUGGUGAUAAGUGUUCCAGGUCAUUCUAUGAACCGACCUUUUGCUCGUAUUUGGCUUAAUAGUUUUGCGUCACUGCCUGGAAUGGCAGCUGAGCGAGAUGGUUUUCUUCAUUUAACAAAGUUUGCCGUUCACAUGGUGUCGUCCGCGAACAACGCUCGGUCACUGGAUUUGCUCUUCUUCAUGUCUGAGAGAAGCGACGGGGAAGGGGUUCGUUUGAAGCGGGAUGGGGAACAAAUAUACAUCUUCAUG